CAUGACGGUGAAGAGAAACUGGGUCACAGAUUGAAAACCGUUUAUGUCACAGUUGUGUGUCUCGCUGUUACGGUAAAGAAAAAAAAAGGAAAAAAAAAAGCCCAGCCGCUUUAAAUGGACGGACCCAUCUCGCCGCAGCUCCCAGGUAGACGGAUCGCAGCAGCUGCCUAAGGAUCGGAUCACAUCGGGCCGGAGCCGCAGCCACACCGGAUGAACCCAGGCCAGGCCGAACCGAACCAGACCAGGACCAGAUCAGAACGGAGCGGACCGGACUGAUCCGACCGACCGACACCGGGCCCGUCCAGGAGGCCUGUUCCAGUUUCCUAUCCAGUUGAGGGCUCAAGAGUGGAUGGAAGGAGAUGAUUUUAACACAGAGGCUGUGAUGAACAUCUGUGAUGACCUGAUGGCAGACCAAAGGAUGGACAUCUCGUCUACGAUGACCGACUUCAUGUCCCCCGGCUCCAUCAGCACGCCCGGCAUGGACUACACCCGCAAGAGGAAGGGCAGCACCACCGACUACCAGAUUGAUGGCUUCUCGUUCGACGACAUGGACCCAGACAAAGACAAGCUGGGGAGCGACCAGCAGGGCCGGAUUAAGAACGCCAGAGAGGCUCACAGCCAGAUCGAGAAGCGCCGCCGCGACAAGAUGAACAGCUUCAUCGACGAGCUGGCGUCUCUGGUCCCCACCUGCAACGCCAUGUCCAGGAAGCUGGACAAGCUGACCGUCCUCAGGAUGGCGGUCCAGCACAUGAAGACGCUCAGAGGUGCAGCCAACCCGUACACAGAAGCAAACUACAAACCCUCCUUCCUGUCAGACGAUGAGCUGAAGCACUUGAUACUAAGGGCUGCCGAUGGUUUCCUCUUCGUGGUCGGAUGCGAUCGUGGGAAAAUCCUCUUUGUUUCUGAAUCGGUGUACAAGAUUCUCAACUACAGUCAGAACGACCUGAUCGGCCAGAGUCUGUUCGACUACCUCCAUCCCAAGGACAUCGCCAAGGUCAAGGAGCAGCUGUCGUCCUCCGACACGGCGCCGCGGGAGAGACUCAUCGACGCUAAAACUGGUCUUCCAGUGAAGACGGACAUCACCCCCGGACCUUCUCGGCUCUGCUCCGGAGCCCGGCGGUCGUUCUUCUGCAGAAUGAAGUGCAACAGACCCUCGGUGAAGGUGGAGGACAAAGACUUUCCCUCCACCUGCUCCAAGAAGAAAGCCGACCGGAAGAGCUUCUGCACCAUCCACAGCACCGGCUACCUGAAGAGCUGGCCGCCCACCAAGAUGGGCCUGGACGAGGACAACGAGCCCGACAACGAGGGCUGCAACCUGAGCUGCCUGGUGGCCAUCGGCCGGCUGCACCCCCACAUCGUGCCCCAGCCCAGCCUGGCCGACAUCCGGGUCAAGCCCACCGAGUACGUCUCCCGGCACGCCAUCGACGGCAAGUUCGUCUUCGUGGACCAGAGAGCCACCGCCAUCCUGGCCUACCUGCCCCAGGAGCUGCUGGGAACCUCCUUCUACGAGUAUUUCCACCAGGACGACAUCGGACACCUGGCUGAGUGUCACAGACAAGUGCUGCAGAUGAGAGAGAAGAUCAACACCAACUGUUACAAGUUCAAGAUCAAGGACGGCUCCUUCAUCACGCUGAGGAGCCGAUGGUUCAGCUUCAUGAACCCCUGGACCAAGGAGGUGGAGUACAUUGUCUCCACCAACACCGUCGUCUCGUACGUAUCCGCUUCAGGUCAAACCCGGCUCGGUCCGACACGUGACCCAGAACCAGCUGGUUCUUUAUCUAACACAGCAGAGUUGAAUGUUUACAGACGUACAGGCCUGACUCACAGCUCAGUCACUCGAGGAUUUUCAGUCACAUCCAGAUGAAUUGUCAGAAUGACUGCAGCCAUCUUGUUUCUUGUUUCUCCACCCAGGAUCCGAGGCUCCUCCCCCUCCAGCUGUGGCUCCAGCCCUCUGAACAUCACCAGCACCCCCCCACCUGAUACCUGCUCACCUGGAGGCAAGAAGAUCCAGAACGGAGGAACGCCUGAGCUGCCCAGUACAGGAAUCAUCCCCGGACCCGAUUCCGUCGGAUACCCUUAUUCCAACCAGUCCAUCAUGAGCGACAACUCCCACCUGAGCAUAGACAUCAUGGACGAGCCCGGAUCCAGCAGCCCGAGCAACGACGAGGCGGCCAUGGCGGUCAUCAUGUCGCUGCUGGAGGCCGACGCCGGCCUGGGCGGCCCCGUCGACUUCAGCGACCUGCCCUGGCCUUUGUGAGGAAGCCGGACGGGGAGAACCGGAGCCGGAGAGAGUUCGGUCGGGUCCAAAUCCUGGCCGCCGAGUUUCCUGCGAAAAAAAAAUGUCCAUCUUAACAAAGAAGUCCGAAGGUUUCUACUGACACAAAAGAUUACUUCUGUUAGCCGUCGUGUUCAAGGUUUCACUCCUACUUCCUGGUUCGUCAUUCCCCGUAGGCGGAGCUUCACCGAGGCCGGAUCUUUGUUAAGAUGGUCAUUUUCAGAUCAGACGUUUCCUAACAUUGCCACGGUGAGAGAAGACCACAACUCCAACAACAGUCCAGCAAACUACGGAUGUGCGGUGCUAGCACGUCGACGCCCCUGCUAGCAACUCAAGACUCAUGCUCGCAAGUUGACACUCCUGCUAGCUAGCACGUCGGGUUUCCUGCUAGCGGGUCGAUGCUUUUGCUGGCACGCCGAGGCUCAUGCUGCUAGCGCGUGGAGACUCAUGCUAGCACGUUGAAGCUCCUGCUAGCAACUCGAGGCUCCUGCUAGCACGUCGAGGCUCAUGCUAGCAUAUGGAGGCUCAUGCUAGCACGUCGAGCCUCAUGCUAGCUAGCACAUCAAGGCUCCAUCACCGGCUCUGGAUCCUGUCGGCAUCACCGGACUCCUGAGACAAACUGAGGUCGACGUGUUGGUCGGAGAGCGUUCGAUUCCCGCUGCGACUCUCUCCACGUCUUUUACCUGAGUUCAAGGAUCCUGUACAAGCGCGACCCUCCACCCGAACUCGGCCGCUUCAAUCCGGCCGACCUCCGACUAAACAAAGGGAUCUGCCGCCGUUUCCCUUUCGGAGAUUCGCUCGGAAAGGACUUUUAUUAUUUCCCCCAAAAGAUUCCACAGGCAGGUUUCAGAAAUAGUUUUAGAAGACGCCACUCAGCUGCUGUUUCCCUCGACUUUGUCUCCGAGCUGCUCGUCCUCAGCGUCCCACCUCUAAAGAUCAGAGCGGACCUAUUCUGUGAUGUUCUGCUGCUGCUCAGUCGAGGUCUUCACACGUCCAAAACUAUGGAAUGAAUUAUUUAAAUUUGAGAUAAAGAGAAAACCUGAGCUGCAGACGAGACGAAACAGCAGAAUUUUUAUUUUUUUAAGUAUUUUUUUGGGGCUGUUUUUGUUCCUGGGGAGUCGCACACAGAUUAAACACAAAUCUGAAUGUUUUAGAAGCCAGUUGAGUCUCAGAAGCUUCUAUCAUGUUGUUGAAGGACGCAAGUUUUGAGUUUAUAGUGCGUUCAGAAACAAAGCUGAAAUACCUUUUAUUUUUGAGCGUAUUGCUCAGUGUUCUGCCAAAACGUAAUAAAGACACAGAGGAGCUGCUGACACUUGAAAAAAUGCAUUAGUUCGCCUCGACAAAGACUCGUGUGGCGGUUAAUGUCCUCCGACUUUAGCUCCGUAGGCGUGGCCUCACUUCUGAAUGAAGACGAUUGGUCUGUUUUGAAACGUCGCCGUUUUAUGGAGUGAACUCAGCAUCUUAAAAAGGAAAACCUGGUUGACAAAGACAGCCCUGCUACGACUUCUUGAGUUUUAACUUCUAUCGAGAUGACUAGCGCAAAAAUUUGUCAGUGGUCUGAUUGGACCUUCAAUUAGAUUUUAUUUAUAUAGCGCAAAUUCACAACAUAUGUGAUCUCACAGCGCUUAACAUAGUCACCUGUGAAGACCUCCUGCUUUGUUCUGGAACAGAGCAGCUGUAGUUCCUGGUUGUUCCACCAGGGGGAGUCUCUUAGUUUUCAGUAAGAUUUUUAAAAAUGCAGUUACACGUUUAGCUAGCAGCGGGCCACCACGACGAAGACUAGUGUGGCGGUUAAUGACCUCUGACUUUAACUAUGUGAGACGAGUAGGCGUGGCCUCGCCUCUGAAUGAACACCAUUGGUUCAUUUUGAAAUGUCGCCGUUUUAUGGCGAGAGCUCAGAAUCUAAAAAGGAAAACCUUGUUAACAAAGACAGCCCUGUUACCCCUUAUUAAGUUUUAGGUUUUGUUGAGCCGGCUAACGCAAAAAGUCUGGUUAUGUUGAACUUUCUUCGUGGUCCAGCCCUGAUUGGACCUUCAAUUGGAUUUUAUUAUAUAGUGCAAAUUCACAACAUAUGUCAUCUCACAGCGCUUAGCAUAGUCGGAUACAGACGUUAAGGACUUUGAAGACCUCCUGCUUUGUUCUAGUACAGUGAGCAGCUGUAGUUCCUGGUUGUUCCACCAGGUGGAGCCUCUUGUUUUUUAAUUAAAAAAAAAAACAAAAACAAAGCCUCGUGUGGCGGUUAAUGACCCGCCCGAGCGGAGACAUCGAAGCUAACGGAGGCAGCAGCUCGGUGCGCAGCUUCGUUUUCAGGCUAAUCGGUCCGACUCCAAACCAAGACUGUCCACGUGCUCCUUCACUGCCACCGUUGGUUCUGAGGACGCCUCUCUCCGGAUCAACACACCGAAACCUUGGUUCUGGGUCACAGGGUUUCCUCCUCCAUCCUCCCUCCACACUGAAGCACUUCUGACUAGAUGGGACUCGCUGGAUCAGGUUUCUGAUGCGGCGCCGAGUACUUCUUUUGCCUUUUUGUGAAUUUAGCCCCCAGAUAGAAAGCAGCGCCUCCUCGGUGAGCGGUUCGGACGGAACCGAGAGGAAAAAGGAAAGAAAAUACCUCCUGAGAUGGAUUAAUCUGCAGAAAUGUGGAUUUUUAAAGAACACUCUUGGACUUGGUCUGUUCAGCACUUAAAGACUCGUAACUGUCAAACUACCUUGUUAGCGCCGAGGGCUAAACCGUAGACGAGUGUAGAAACAGGAAACCGGUCCGAGCUCAGAGAGAAUCAGGACGGACAGACGGUGUCUGGAUGGACUCUUUAUGUCCGUUUUUCCUCAACGAUGGUGAUAAACGAUGACGAAUAUCUUCAACACGACCUCUUCGCUUCGCCGCUCUGCUGCGAGUCCGACCGGAGGAGGAGGAGGCGUCGGAGGGCGGCGCCUGAAGGGAAAGAAAAUCCUCAUGUACAAAAAACAUAAAUUAAAAGCAGCACGUCGGUGGUUUCACAGAUUCCUCCUUUAACGCCUUUCAAAUAUUAAACCGAAGCUCAGUUUUGUAAAUUCUUUCACAAAUCAAAUCAAAGUAACAGAAAAAACUGCAAAAAAAAAAGACAUUUGCCUCAAAAACUUUUUAGCAUUACUGACGCCAAAACGUAUUAAAGUAAAAUCAUUUAAAGAAAUGAUUGACUUAAGUUUUUAAAAAAAUAUAUGAUAGUCUUAAAUGUGUAGCAAGGUUGAAACCUUAUAAAACUAACGAGACGGCAAAUAGAAAUGGUUUAAAAGCAAAAAAAGAAAAAAGUAUAUGUAUUCGGUAUUUUUACACAUUAAAUGUCUUAAACUCAUUCAUGCUUCAACUGUGUUAUAAAUACAGUUUAGAGUCGCAGAGAGAAACAUCCGAACCGAACGAAAUUGUGAUUUUUUUAAAGACUUGUCUGGAUGAAAAAUAUAUUCGUGUGAUUUUGUAAAUUCUUUCCACGUUCUGGAAACUGGAAAAAUAAAAUAAAUCCAACCAGAAAAUUCUAAAGUGCACGAAAACAGAAAAAAAUACAAAAAGGCGUUUAAGUGUCUUUAUUAAGUGGUUACGGAGCAACGAGUUUUUAUUCAAACAUGAAGUUUUGUGCCAACGUUGGGGCUGAUUUCCUGGUUUCUUUGGCUCAUCUCGUUGGUUUAGUGGGUUUAAUUAAAAGUAAAAUCCAGAGCUGUGUUGGUGGCUUUUAUGGUUUAUGUUGCACAAAAUGACCGUUAAAGUCAUUUUUUAAAACUGCGGUUAAAGACGAGAUCCCUUCGUUCAGCCUUUUAUUUAUUUUUAAUAUCGUUUAGUGUCGCCCUCUUUUGUUCAAUGAAGGAAAUAAAAAUAACCAACGAACGCUAGCUAAGAAAAGACGUUAAUACGGUAAAACAUAGUAACGAGAAGCCUCGAAACUUGCGAGCAAGACAAAUAUUAAAGUUAUUAUGAUGUAAAAUAAUUUCAAAUAGGGAUGUUAUGGAUUAGCUGUUCAUCAGUUAUAUAUUUAAACCAAUUAAAACUAUAUUAACCAAUAAAGCAGAAAACGCUGCAGUACCUGGUUGUUCCACCAGGGGGAGCCUCUUAUCAUGUAAUGGGAUUUUUUUUUAAAGUUGCAGUUUGUUUGCUGUGACCUGCGUUUAGCGAUCAACAGGCACCACGGCAGACUUCUGUGGAGGUUAAUGACGAGCCGAUUUAUACACGAGUCAUGUGACCUUGACGUGAAGUCCGCUGUGCUUUUAUUGAUUAUCGAUCGGUCAUGUUAAUUGUCUAAACUUCUCUUCCCCUAGUUACAAGUACUGCUUGUGUUAACCUCCGACGUGCUGCGACUCAGAUUUCAUCGUGUUUGAGCGAAGUCGGCCAUGUUUUCUUUCCGUCAGGAGUCGGCCAUGUUCUCUUCCCGUCAGGCUCCGCCCCCUCCCGUCCUCCUCCUCCAAUCAGGCAGCAGCUGGCGGAGGCCCCUCUGUAUCUGUUCUAGUGGUUUUCUGUUUCAGUGUUUCUAACGCUACACACUACAAUAAAGUGUCGCCCUUGUUGAUAUCUCCUCCUCCACCCGACAAUAAUGUAUCAAAUCUUUAAAUAUUAUCAUGUAAGAGUACUUUAUGCAAAUAUAUAUGAGUAUGAUGAGUGUAUUGUAUGUAUCAGCAGUGAAAUAUUUUUAAAAUAAAAUUAUUUGUUUCUGUCA